AUGGCUAUUGACCAAGGGACGAAAAAUGUGCUCCGACUAUCGAUUUCAUUUUUGCUCCUAUUUUUUGCUUAUAUGAGUCAAGAAUACAUACAAGAACCACUUAUCGAGGAAAAGCAUAAAACCGGUGGGAAUAUUGAUCCUCACGCCGGUUAUCAUAGUUUUGCUAUAACUUACUUCUUUUUCACACUUUCUUGCCUAUUUGUUGCUCCAAUAAUUGAUAAGAUUUCCGCGAAAUGGGGAAUGGUUCUGAGAUUUUCGGCAUAUAUUGCAUUUCAAUAUGGAUUUAUACAUAUGAAUACUUAUUAUGUGUACAUUACUUCAGCGAGUUUGGGUGUCGGUGGUGCUUUCAUAUGGGUUGGCCAGGGAAAAUAUCUGACGGAAAACUGCACAAGUGAAACUAUUGAACGAAAUAUUGCUCUGACUUGGUUCAUUUUUAAGUUCUGCCUCCUCGGUGGUGGAAUAUUUCUCUACGUUCUGUUCUACAAUCAAAAAAUGAACGAAUUUCUGGAAUCUGGAGAUUACAAAACAUUCGUCUAUAUCUGUUGUUCCAUUUCUCUAUUGGCGGCGAUUAACACGGCAUUUCUGCCACAAUCAGUGUAUGUUCCGGAGAGAAAGAAGCAUGAGACGUUCGCGAAGACAUUGAAAGCCACGUUCAAAAUAAUGCGUGAAUCUCCAAUGCUCCUCCUGGUCUCUAUCUUCCUCUAUACAGGAUUUUCCAGAUCUUUUUGGAUUGCAAUCUACCCAACCUGCAUCAAAUUCACCCCCGCACUCGGAGAUAACACCGCAAAACUUCUAGCGAUGAGUGGAAUUGCAACCGGGAUUGGUCAAAUUGUAGCUGGUGGAAUAUUCUCAGUACUCGGAAAACGUGUCAGAAUACUCGGAAAAGAUAUGAUUGUAGUGAUUGCUUGUGUACUUCAUUUGAUAUGUUUUGUACUGAUUUAUUUGUUCUUCCCAUAUGAUGCACCAUUGCAUCCUACACAGAAUGUUGGGACUUUUGAGCCAAAUGCCUAUAUAGCAAUAUUCUGUUCUGGGCUUCUUGGUUUCGGUGAUGCAAUUAUUCAGACUCAAGUCUACUCGUUCCUCUGUGACGGGUACUCGGAGGAAUCGUCUCACGCAUUUGCUCUAUUCAAGUUUUACAGUGCGAUAUCUUCAACAAUAGCCUUCUUCGUUUCAAAAUACUUCACGCUGGCCGGUCAUCUCGUUCUCUACGGAGUUUUUGCAAUUUUAUCAGCUAUCACAACAGUUCUAGCCCAACGAUUGUAUUUCCACAAAACUCGGCAUUUGAAUUUGAAUUUGAGUUUAUUUAACUAAAAGAAGAGAAAUAAACAAAUAAAACGAGACGAACCCUAAAAGAGUUCAACUCGAGUAAAAGUUACAAAAAAAAAGGCAUUUCUUUUCAGAGAACAC